AAUGCUUGUUUGUUAUUAACGUUUUGGCAAAUUCUCGAUUUUUUUUUUUUUUGAUGAAUUCGUUAUUGCAUACAUGUAAUGUGCAUGUUUGUGUUGCCAAAUUAUUAGUUGAACCAAGAAAGAUUUACUUUUCUAUGUGCAAUUGAUAUGUGUUUUUGAUGAGAGAGUUUUUAGUUCUUAGAAUGUUAAUUUUGGAAAUGAUGCAUGAUUGAAUAAUAGCUGUAAAAGUAGAUUAAGGAUUUUAGUGGAAUGUGAAUGAUGAAAUAUUUGGGGAAGAGUUUGUUGUUAGAGAUGAUGAGUUGGGAAAAAAAGAUUUAGAGAAUUAAUGAGAGUUGGUUUAGGGGUAUCGAUGACGGGAUGUUUUCUCCUACAGUGUCUUGAUUGAAUUCGGUGGGAAGGUUUGGAAGGCGAAUAUUGCUUAGAGACCUCCCUCUACAACUACUUUUUUGAAGCAGACCAUUUUUGCCACUGAAUGCUCGUUGGCUUGUGUUCUAAGGUAUUGCGAUUCUUUCAAUUUUAGCCUGCAUCUCUCCCUUUCUUUUUCUUUCUCGCUCGCUUUUUCGUUUCUUCAUGCUGUACCAUGGGCUGCUAACACUUGUGAUACAUAAAAUUGACAUAAUUUACAUAUAAUUUUGUGGGAUCGCAUGAGAUGCUUGAAGUCUCAUGAUAAUUAAACGUCAGUUUUUUUGCAAUUGGUGGAUGGGAUAGUGUGAGAAGGCUAGUAUGUUGCAAAUGGAUUCAUAAGGUAAGCCCAUUUUACAUAUCCAUGGUUUAUGAACUGGAUGCUACUUUUUAAUGUUUCCUUCAGGUUAUCUGUUCAGCUGGUGAUAGUUGCCAUGCCUGUGCUGCCAUCUCUUAUAUGCUUUUGAUGUGUGGAAUUCCUCGUUAUCCAUCUCCAUACCCAGCUAUGGUUCGACCUACAUUCCCUAUGCGCCUACCAGGAGCAAUUGGUGUGCCUCCAAUAGUGUCACGCCCUCCUAUUCCAGGGGUUCCUGGAGUUGUUCGCCCCAUUAUAUCCCCUGUUAUUAGGCCAGCUGUUGUUCCUACUGUGACUCCAGCUGAGAAACCACAAACCACAGUUUACAUUGGUAAGAUUGCAUCAACAGUGGACAAUGAUUUUAUGCUGUCUCUUCUUAAGCUAUGUGGACCUGUCAAAAGUUGGAAACGUGCUCAAGAUCCCACAGAUGGGACUCCUAAAGGAUUUGGGUUCUGUGAAUUUGAGUCUGCUGAAGGGGUUCUUCGUGCAUUGCGCCUACUUAGUAAAUUCAAUAUUGAUGGGCAAGAAUUGGUGUUAAAUGUCAAUCAAGCUACAAAAGAAUAUCUGGAACGGUAUGUUGACAAACAAACUGAAAACUCAAAGAAACUUAAAGAUGCACAAGCUGCAGCGCCUGAGAAAGAGGAGGGAAGUGCAGUAGGGGUUGAGAAGAGUGAACAUCUGAAGGCUGAUGUAGAGAACUCAAAUAAAGAGGACAAUAGUUCAGGGAGCAAGGAAAAUCAUGACUUUGCUAAUUUUGGAAUCGUGACUGACGAAGACAAGGACACUGACCGCGAGGCUGUGGAGAAGCUUACAAGCAUGAUAGAAGAAAGAUUAAAGACCAGGCCUCUGCCUCCUCCCCCUCCUCCAAUUACUGAUGGUGGCUCUGGGAAUUCAAACUCAGACGUCCCUGCUAAAUCAAGGGAUGGGGACUCAGAAAUGAGAAAUGAUGCAGCUGAAGAUAAAAACGAUGACGAGACAACUAGUGAAACCAAACCAACUAGUGAGCACGAUAGGCCUGAAACAAGUUCACCUGAUAGGAAUAGAAAGUAUGAGAGGAGUAGAGAUAGAGACCGAGAGAGGGAUCUGAAAAGGGAGAAGGACCGGGAGAUUGACAGAUAUGAAAGGGAAACAGAGCGAGAGCGGGUUAGAAAAGAAAGGGAGCAAAGAAGAAAGAUUGAGGAGGCUGAGCGUAAAUAUGAGGAGUGUCUUAAGGAGUGGGAGUAUAGAGAAAGAGACAAAGAGAAACAGCGGCAGAAUGAGAAGGACAGGGAAAAAGAGAGGGAACGCAAACGGAAGAAGGAGAUAAAACAUGAUGAAGAAGAUGAGGAUGAGGAUUCGAAAAGGUGGCGGCGCCGGACAUUAGAAGAAAAGAGAAAGAAGAGGCUACGGGAAAAGGAAGAGGACUUGGCUGACAGACGUAAAGAAGAGGAAGAAAUUGCUGACGCCAAGAGGAGAGCUGAGGAGGAAUUGCAACAGAAACUACAGAGGGAUGCAUUGAAGGUUUCAUCCAAUCCUGUAAUGAAUGGAGUUGCAAAAACUGUUUCAGUCGAGCCAUCCAGUGUUGAAAUGAAAGAGAACGCUGUGGAACAGGGUUAUGAAGGUGAUCCUGCUCAGGAGCUCCAUACAGGUGAUGGGGUUGUACGAAAUGGUACUGGUGAAGAAUCAACCAUGGCAUCAGUUGCUGUAUCAGACACACGACAUACUGGCAAUGCCCCUGCAAAAAAGUUAGGGUUUGGUUUAGUUGGCUCUGGAAAACGAACUGCUGUCCCUUCUGUUUUCCAUGAGGAGGAGGAUGAUGAUGCACAUAAGGAUAAAAAGAUGAGGCCCCUUGUCCCAAUUGAUUAUUCAACUGAGGAACUGGAGGCUGUCCAACCUACUGCACCUGGGGCACCACCAUCAAAUUUGGUUGCAGCAACAGAAUUUGCAAAGCGCAUAUCAAAUGUUAAUCCCAAAGAAGAUAAGUUUGAUGCAGAAAGGGAAAGAAGUAGACGUUCCAAUGACAAGUCAAGCCAGCGGGAUAGGGACCGGGGUGAUGAGGAUGUGAAUCGCACCAGAGAUGAGAAUAAGGAGAAGAGUCUUGACCGGGACAGGGAUCGGGGACAGGGGAUGGAUAAACUGAAGACAUCAGAAAACACAAAACUUUUGAGUUUAAAACAAUUGAUAGAUAUGAUACCAAGGACAAAGGAGGAGUUAUUUUCAUAUGAGGUUAAUUGGGCUGUAUAUGACAAGCAUGAGCUGCAUGAAAGAAUGAGGCCGUGGAUUUCAAAAAAGAUAACAGAGUUUUUAGGAGAGGAAGAAACCACACUGGUAGAUUACAUUGUAUCCAGUACUCAAGAACAUGUGAAGGCAACUCAAAUGCUGGAACUACUGCAAUCAAUUUUAGAUGAUGAAGCCGAAAUGUUUGUGCUCAAAAUGUGGAGGAUGCUCAUCUAUGAAAUCAAGAGAGUAGAGGCAGGCCUUAUUUCAAAGUGAAAAAUAUUUUAGGAUUUUAUUGUUUGAUUGCUACUUCGUUACUGCAGGACCUAUAUGCUUCACCUCAUUGGCCCUGCUCUUGUCAUCACUCACUGUAGAUUAGAGAUUAUUGAUUUUGUAUUUUGCUUCAAAGGUUAAUUAGCGAUGGACCCAUUUUUGUACCAAUUGUUUCCAUUUGGAUCCAGUAUUCAUAGUGGAAAGCAAUGUUUGGAAAAGACAUCCAUCAGUUAUCUUAAAACAAAGUUAUUUGAUUUAUUUU